AAGGAGCUAUCAGUGGAACAGAAACCCUCAAGGAAUAUAACAGCUGGGGACAAAGUUUAGUUUGGCAUAUCAACUGGCAAUCGUUGGAUGGAGGAUUGUUGUCAUAGUCUGCUCCGCUUUCAACUUCCUAGGUCACUACUCAAGAUAAAAUCAAAGGAAGGACAGAACUGCAAGACAAUCAAAUAAGAGAUGGACCUGCUCCAUAAAUUCUCUAGGAAAGAGCUCACCCUGCUGUAUGAAGAAGUCCUCUACACCAUUCUACAUCGCUUGGGCAAACCAGGACCCAACCAUGUUGCUGAUCCAGAUGAGCUGUAUGAUUAUGUGCAGAAGGCCUUCAAUAUGGAACCAGAAGAGCAUCAUAUUAUACUACAGCGAGUCAAAGAGCUAGAGAAGCCAAUUUUUUGUCUUAAAGCAACUGUGAAGCAAGCCAGGGGGAUUCUGGGUAAAGAUGUCAGUGGAUACAGCGACCCAUACUGCCUCCUAGGGAUAGAAACGAAAACGCAGGACUCUUCCACCAAUGGCAGUUCCCAUCAAGAGAACAAGAAGCGAUCCAAGGCUGUGGUGAAGAAUCUGAUCCCUGAAGACCAGACCCAUCGCACUCAAAUCAUCAGUCAGACGCUAAAUCCCGUCUGGGAUGAAACCUUUAUCCUGGAGUUUAAAGAUACAGAGAAUGCCAGAUUCCAUCUGGACAUGUGGGACUCUGAUGAAGUUGAAACUGUACGCCACAAACUGGGAGAUCUCACAGACCUCCACGGCCUGAAGAGGAUUAUUAAGGAAGUUCGGAAGGACAAAGGGCAGGAUGACUUUCUGGGAAAUGUGGUGCUUCGCCUGCAGGACCUGCAUUGCAGGGAUGACCGCUGGUGCAAGCUGGAACCUCGCACAGAAACCUACCCCAACAGAGGGCACUGCCACCUGCAGUUCCUUUUCGUCCACAAGAAGAGGGCCACCACAGCCAGUAAGACGCAACCAAGCUACACAGUCCACCGGCACGUUCUUCAGCAGAUGGUUUCCUAUGAGAUUCUUCAGUAUCAAGCUGGCAGCACAUCCUGGAAUGGGGAGUUAAGCAAACAUGCCAGUACAAUCCUGUAUCUACAUGCUACUCAGAAAGACCUUUCAGACUUCCACGAGGUUAUGGCGCACUGGCUGGCUUACAGCAAGCUAUACCAGAUCUUAGAGUUCGACAGCAACUGUCUGCUCCACCAGAUCACCAGCAUAGAGUACCAGUGGGUUCAAGGACGGUUAAGAGCUGAACAGGAAACAGAGUUGGCUGACUCUUUCCAGUCCUUGCUGUCCUAUGGGAUUUCUCUCAUCCAGAGGUACCGGAUUGUCUUCCCGCUCUCUGCUCCCAAGUCUACACAGAGGAUACAGUCACUGCUCAGGGUUUUGGUCCAGAUGUGUAAAAUGAAAGCCUUCAGAGAAUUUUGUACUUUGACCCCUGACCUUCAACAAAUGGUGACAGAGGCACUCAAGGCCGGAACAGCAGAAUGGUUUCAGAUGAAGAAGCAACACCUCAAGCCGAUGGUGAAGACUAUGGAGGAGUGUGGCAAGGCCCUGGUUGGUCUUCUUAUGGAAGUGAAUACAGAUCUCCAGCAGUGCCACAAAAUCGGGAACAAAUGUUUCAUCAACACCAUGAGAGUGGAUCUGUUCUCAAUUGCAUACCUUGAAAUGCAGGAGCAGGUUUCCUGUUACGUGAAGGAGCAGCUGAGUAAGAUUGACAGCGGCAUGUCCCAGCUCACAGCAGAGAGCCUGUUCCAACUCUAUCUCAGCCUGCAGGAGCUGUAUCUCAUGAAGGACUUUGUGUGCAACAGGGAAGGGCCUGAUGCACUUACAAACUUCCACCAGUGGUUUAAGGAAGCCAUCCCCAAAUGGCUCCAAAAGACGUACACAAUAGCCCUGGAAAGGACCCAGAGAGCUGUCCAAGUAGACCAGCUGACACCAUUGGGGGAGCUGAAUAAACAUAGUACAUCCACUGUGGACUUAUCCACUUGUUAUGCUCAGAUGGUAAAGACUUGGCAGCAGUUGGACUGGCCAGAUCCUGAUGAGGCCUUCAUGAUCAUGGUGAAAUUUAUUGAGGACAUGUGUAAAAUCGCUCUGAUGUACUGCCGGCUGAUCAAGACCAGGGCGGAGGAACUGUCCUCAAACCAACGUGAGGAGGGAGAAGCAGCAAACAGGCUCUGCGUUGUGGUCAACAACAUUGAGCAGCUCCGCAUGAUGAUCCUGAAGUUGCCAUCGCAGCUGGACUGGGCACGUUUGGAGCAGAAGACCCAAGACGUCAUUGCACCGGAACAGAUCCAGAACACUCUGCACCACCAGCUUCAGGUUACCGUCACCUGCCUGAACAACGAGAUCCGAGGCGUGGUGCAGACCCUGGCAACCAAACUGGAUGCGGGAAUCACAAGACACAUCCAGGAAUUGUCAGCCUCAAGUGACUGCAAGGACCCAGAGGAUUGCAUCACCCCUUUAAUGCGAUUCUUGGAGUGUGAGUUCCAGUACCUAAAUGGGAAUCUUGUCCAGGAGAACUUUAAAAGCCUCCUGGAGCUGCUCUGGAAUCAUACCCUGGACAUGCUGAAAGGGGCUGCAAAACAGAAAGUUGGCGACUUGGGCUACUACAGGAAGUUGCAAGUUGCCCUCCAGAGCUUGGACUUCUGUUUUCAUGCUGAAGGCUGUGGAUUGCCAAAGGACAUCCUUCACACUGCAGCGUUUACAGCCCUGGAGAAAGAGCUGGACCUCUGCUCUUCCACCAGUAGAAAACUUAUCCAGAAGUAUUUCAGUGCCCGUAUCCAGCAGCAGACAGAGGCUAGCCCUGAAAAAUAUGGGGCUGUGACCAUUAAAGCUGUUUACCGCCGCUCAGAACAAAAGCUGCGCAUUGAAGUGCUCAACGCCGUUAACCUCCUUCCUCUGGACUCCAAUGGCUCAAGCGACCCCUUCAUCCAACUGACCCUAGAGCCACGCCAUGAGUUCCCUGAAGUGGUGGCACGGACGACCCAGUGCAUAAAGAAUGAUCUCCACCCACUGUUUGAUGAAGUCUUUGAGUUCUUGGCCUCUCCAGAUAAAUGCCAACAGGAUGGGGCAUGCCUGUUGCUCACAGUUUUUGACUACGACACCGUAGGAGCCAAUGAUCUGGAGGGAGAAGCCUUCCUCCCCCUUUGCAGGGUGUUGGGACUGAAUGAGAAUGAGGAAACCAUCAGUCCAUCCAGAGUACCACAGACCCGUUUAUCUUUGACUCAUCCUGGAACUACUGGCAAUGAAAUACUGAAGCUGCUGGAGAUCCGAAAAGCAGACAAGGAAGCUCAGGCAUUUGUAAAGCUACGCAAACAGCGGGCAAAACAGUCCAAGGAACUGGAGUGACAGCAGCCAAGCCAGAAGGGCUAAAGCAGGGGCUUGGCUGAGGGGCAGCAGGACCUGGGCCGCCAUGGCAACAGCAAAUCACACCAUGGAGAGCAGGAAGCCAUUAGGCGGGAGCGAUUUCGACUGGCGGCUUUGAUGCAACAGAAAUGGGGGGCGUUUUGGCCCGGCCCAGCAGGCAGGCAGGCAGGCACUGAGGCUCUUUGUCAGUGCAGCGUGAAGAGCUGUGGCAAGCGAAAGCUCCCAGUUGACGCUUGAUCGAUUUCCAUCCAAGAGACGACAGGCAAGAGGUGUGUUUUUCUCCCUCAUAUCUGGCAUUCUUCAUUUGCAGCAGGGAUUUUUAUUAUUAUUAUUAUUGUUAUUUUAAAUGAAAACAUGGUACUAUUGGAAACGGCUGCCGGCUCUGGAAAGUUGCGAGCCAACACCUGCACGCAAACAUACAUGCGCACACGCGAGCACACUGGAAAGAGCCUGCUUGGCUAGCGAAGCUUGAAAUGAGCCCCUUCUGGACUUCCUGCAGGAAAUUCUUUACUCUGCUCUCCAGAUGGCAUGCAAAGCGAGCAGCCUCGUAUACUGCGAUGCCAAAGGGGGAAUAAAAUAAGCAUUUGGUGGGGACAAAAUAGAUCUAUCUAUACCCUCUGCUAGGGAGGCUGGCAAUUCCUUCUGAUGAAGCACCACUGACUUAAAAGAGAAUUAAAUGGACCUGCCGGCAAGCCUCUGUAAUGGAUUCCGUGCCCAACCAGUUCCAAGGCACACUUUUGACUUGUAAAGAAGGCCCAGAUGUUGCUAGGGAGUGAGUGUAAUUCUUGUGGUAUAAAGCACUGGAGGAUUUAACAACACCAAUAACAAUAAAUAAAAAAUCCCUCUUCUAUCAACAAUACUACUUUUGUUGCGUCUGUAAGUUGUAUUUGGUUCCCAUAAGCCACUAAGCCCUUAGAUGGCAGGUAAUGUUAAAC